AUGCAAAGUCAUUCAGUAUCUUUGCUUAUCGACAUCAAUAAUGAUGAAAGUCCUUCAGAAAGAUCUCAAUCCAUUGAAGAAUUAUUUUUAAAACCUCAUGAUCAAGCGAGUAUGAUGAUUCCGAUCGAGUACCAAAUUUCAAGUUUUGCAAAAGUUCGAGGAUUAGGCUUGUACGGCAUCCCUUGGCAUCCGACUGGAAACGCAAGCGCUGUGUUUAUUAGUGCACCUCAAAAGACAAGGAAAACUAGUCCCUUGCAGUUCGCCAAUGUACGAUAUGAAGUUGAAGAAGAUGUUGAUCGAUUUUAUUUAUUUAAUGGAUUUGAACGAUGGUAUGAACAUGCUAUGGAAGAUGUUGAUUUUGUAGAAUUUGUGAGAUUGCACUCACCUCGCGCAAUUCUGGAUCACCCUUCAACGAUAGAGUCACCGAAAUUACCCAGAUCUGAGGAUGAUGAAGAACCUUUUUUUCCUGCUAUCGACAUGGAUACUGUGGUUUUAGACGAUUUGAACUUGACAACAGUCAUGAAACAAGCUCGAGAAAAAUAUCAACUGCAAGCUACUCAACCAAAUGCCAGUGUUUUUAAGCCAAGAGAUUUUCGUUCGACGACCAUUUCAAAAGAUCGUCCCAGUUGUCGCAUAUAUCAUUCAACGGCAUUUGAUUCACAAAACAAUUGUGUUUAUAUUUAUGGUGGAUUCAUACGUGGGCGUAUCAUGUCUAAUGAUGUUCUGAAAAUGACAUUUAAGAAUGGAUCUGCAGAUCAAAACAAUAGUGGUGGUAGCAUUAAUGAUGAAUGUGUCUCAGAAAUAUUGACAAGCAAAUUUAAAUUAAUUGGUAAAACGGAAGCCAAUGAUGCUCCUGGUGAAGUACCCUUCAGGGAAGGUCAUACAGCCAUUAUACGACGAGGAAAGAUGUAUGUGUUAGGAGGCAAUGCAGGUCGAAGUGGGACCUUUGAAAGAGAAAUGUUGGUUUUUGAUUUUAAGACAUUCACAAUAGAGCCAGUGACUGUUAAGGGUGAAUCGUUUUCUCAUCGUGCAUAUCAUUCUGCGACAUAUUUAGAAAAGUAUGACAUUAUGAUGGUAUGUGGUGGAAAAUUGAGACCAGGUCAAGGAGCUCCUCUUUCUUCUCAAUGCUUUAUCUUCCAUUUUGCCACAAACACCUGGGAACUGCUGGACCCAACCAUAUUCAGAAUGCCAACACUCUCAGGACAUCAACUCUUGACAAUAUCGAAUAGUGUCAUUGCUGUAGUUGGUGGCUCACAAAUAGCGUAUGGAAAUGGCUCAGAUAUGUCUAAGUUUAUAUACCUGUAUGAUGCUGAGAGUAGAGAGUUUUGCAGCUUUGAUUUAUCAUAUUAUGGCUUCAAGGGAAGAUAUUCCAUGCCUGCUGCGUACAGUGAGAAAUGUAAAUUAAUAGCUAUUGGAGGAGGUUAUACGAACGACUGUGAUGAAAGUUUAUCAAUUAUUUAUUUGGAAACGACUCGAUCUGCUUCCAAGCAUUUCCACCAUCGACUUUUGAGACCCAAAUAUUAUGACAUUUCUAUUGUUACAUGUGAAGGAGCUUCUAAUUAG